AAAACCAUGGCUGUUCUGAGGUCGAUGAGUGGCGCCCUAGUGCUGAUCAUUGUUUUAUUGAAUAACUCAGAAGUGUUGUGUCGAAAUGUAACAUUGCCAAAAGGAAAUAGUGAAAAUAUCAGGGAAAAUCAAACAAUUGAGAAAACUUAUCCGCCGUCUUCAGCAUCAAAAUAUACGAAAGCUAUGGAAACAACAUCAACAGCUACAACAACAACGACGAAUUCAAGAAAAGCGCGUUGGUUUCCUUUUUAUACCAUAGGACGUUUUCAGAAUGAAGUGUGUACUGGGAAGAAUAAUCUCUAUGGCACCUGUAUGGUGCGGGGAGAAUGUAGUGACAAUGGUGGUGUGUCGGCGGGAGGAUGUUCAACAAUAACCAAUCAGGCGGUGUGUUGUAUUUAUCAAAAAACCUGUGGCGCCACGACCCAAUACAACAACACCUAUUUCUAUAAUUCCGGAUAUCCGGGUACCUAUGGUGGCGGUGGCCGGUGUACAAUUGUCGUACAACCCUGUGAUUCAAAUAUUUGCCAGCUGAGAAUAGAUUUCCUCUCACUGUCGCUGGCUCCACCAAAUGGUGAUGGAUUUUGUGUGACAGAUUCUCUACAAAUCACCGGCGGAUCAUCACGGGUGCCAGCGAUAUGUGGUGAAAAUUCGGGACAACAUGUUUAUGUGGACUUCAAUGGGGAUUCACCGAUUACCAUAUCGAUUGCCACAUCGGCAGGAUAUACCUUUAAUCGCCAUUGGCAAUUUCAAAUAACCCAACUGGCAUGUGCCUCACCCACCCAAGCCCCCUCGGGAUGUCUACAAUACUAUAUGGAGGAAAGUGGUACGGUGCAAAGUUUUAAUUACGUUUCGGCGCCCAAUUCAUUGACAAAUUCUAUUGGAGUUCCGGGCACACGACAAAUUGCCAAUCACCAGUACGGCAUUUGCAUACGAAUGGGAGCGAAUAAAUGUUCCAUAACAUGGUCACAGGUGGAUUCGGAUGCCUAUUCUUUUACACUUACCAAUGAUGUGGGUGCCGUGGAUCCUUCGCUGCUGGCCACCGAGGCCGUCCAGAGUCAAGAGUGUACGACGGAUUUUAUUGUUAUACCCAACCCGACGCAAAAUGGUGCGGCGUUGCCCAGCGAUCGGUUUUGUGGCCUAGGUCUGGUGCCGACAACAAGUUCAACAAAACCCUUUGUGUUGUUCGUCAACACCGAUGGGAAUGAGGAUUUCGAUAUAUCGAAUCGAGGAUUUUAUUUGUCAUAUUCACAAAAUGGUUGCCCGAUAUUGUGAGACUGAAAUGUGACGUUGAAUAAAAGACUGUAGAAUUUAGGAAA